AUGGGAAAUUCCGCCUCAUGCAUUUCAGAUACAGGAAUAGAACGUGAGGUACGUAUAGUUAUGAUCGGAAAAACAGGUAGUGGUAAAAGUGCAACAGGUAAUAGCAUCCUUCAGAAAAUGGCUUUUGCGUCAGCAUCAAGUAGUUCAUAUUGUACGAAACACUGUAGACAAGGUGAAAACAUUUACGACACAGGACACAGAGAAUAUCAUCUCAUAGUUGUCGAUACUCUUGGAGUAAUUGACACGGGCAUGGAAACCGUAGACGUAACAAAAGAAGUUGUAAAGUGCAUCGGAAUUACCUCCCCUGGGCCGCAUGCUAUCAUUUUUGUUGUGCCGCUCGCAGUUCGUUUUACACAAGAAGAAGAGGCCUCUGCAUUGCACUUCAUCAAUGUUUUUGGCGGAAAACUAAUGGGCUACAUGGUUAUUUUUUUCAGCCAUGGAGACAGUAUAAAGAAAGAAGACUCUAUUGAACAAAGAAUUGCAGAUUCAUCACAAUCUCUUCAGAAACUCGUACAAAAAUGCGAAAAAAGGUUUGUAGUUUUCAAUAAUAAACUCACAUCAAAGAAUCAGAAGAAGAAACAACUAAACACAUUAAUUGAAAUAAUUGACAAGAUGAUCGAAAAAAAUUAUCAUCCGUUUUACACAGACGAAAUGUACAAGAAAGCCGAGGAAGAACUACAAAAACGAAUGAAAGAAUUGAGGAAAGCAAAUAAAAAAAUGACAGCGGUCGAUCGCCGUACAACUGAUCGAAACGCAGUGGAAGACGAUGGAGGUGUUUUAUCGAUGAUUGGCAAUGGAAUAUAUAGUUUUGGACAAGGCAUGGUCACAUCAGCUGUUCAGGCCACAGGAAUUUCUGCUCUUUUCAAUGGCUUGACAAGCUGGCUUGGAAAGAAAAAGUAG